UUGAAAAUAAUCAGAGCUGGAGUCAAAUCAGGGAGAAUGGAAAGGGAGGCCGUUAUCACUUGGAGAAUGCGUAAGAAAUGAAAACUCGUUUUCCAACUGGACUAAGCAAAAAAAAAAAAAGAAGAAGAAGAAAAAAAAAAUCUAAUCUGGAUGGUGUUUGCUACACUACAAAGAACUGCAUUCCAGAAUCAGGAAGAAUUGAAGAGAUUGCAGAAUCCAUUAGAACAAGUUAAUGAUGGAAAAUAUUUAUUUGAAAACCACCAGCUGGCCAUGGAUGUGGAGAAUAAUAUUGAAAAAUAUCCCCUCAAUCUACAGCCCUUGGAAUCAAAGGUGAAAAUCAUUCAGCGGGCAUGGCGUGAAUACGUGCAGCGACAGGACCCCUUGGAGAAGAGGAGUCCAUCACCGCCCUCCGUGUCCUUAGACAAACUGAGCAGCUCUGUCAGCAUGAACACCUUCUCCGACAGCAGCACACCUGUGAGUUUUUCCAGUUUGGGGAAGACUCAUCUGUACAUCUUUAGGGAGUUGCAGUCCCCUUGGGACAAGCUGCCCAAUGAAAGGAAGGUAAAUUUAUUCCACCUUUAUAUACACACACCCCCUCAGUGA